AUGGUCGGUGCCUCCGGACGCGGCCGCUUGUCUCGGGGAUCCCGGGCGACGUGUCGCUGCCUCUGGCCGGGGGCGGCCGCUCGGCCGGUCAGCGCAGCCCUAGCGCCUGGUGAGCAGCAGCGCAGAGCCGCCGGCAACCUCCGCGCAUGCGCCAGCCGCUGGCUCAGCGCCGGCAAAGCGAAGCCGCUGCAAAGUUUGCAGACAUGCAACGGUGCAGCGCAGGACUGCAACCUCCAGUGCAACUCCGGCCAGUGCAGCGUUGCAGAGAGCGGCUCCGUCCAGCAACUCCGAGGAGACACGGGAUCCUCAGCGGGUGACCCGCCGGGGCUUCCAGAAGGUUCUGCUCCUGUACCACACCCGCAGUAUCUGCGGGUCCCGGAGCUGGUGCAUUGGUUUGUCCCCCGCCCCGUCCCCGGCCCGCAGCUUCACUUUCGUUUCAGUCGAAGUGAGAGUGUGGAGUGUGGGAGGAGAGGGGAGUGUCCGCCCCGCCCGCCCCGUCCGCCCCGUCCCCUCCCCUCCCCUCCCCUCCCCUCCCCCGGGGGCGGCGCUCCGCCAUCGCCCAGUCGGUCAGCGGCGGGAGGGACGGAGGCAGAGCCGGCAGCCGGUUCCCACGGACGGAGGCAGAGCCGGCAGCCGGUUCCCCGCAGCAGAUCCGAACGCAGUGGGUCCGAGCCCGGUCCGGGCACCGAGCCCUCCGCAAUGCUCCGCACCCUGGGUUUGGCUGCACUGCUGCUGACGGCAGAAUUAUAUAUUAUUUCAGCUGAGGGCAAUGGGACAGGAACAUUGCUCAGUACAACUGGAUCACAAAAUGUUUCGGAAGAAAAUCCACUCUUCAACCUGAACACAUCUUCAGCAGCCAGCAUAGACCUCUUCAGGAAUGAGUCAAGUGAACCCUCAACAACCACUGCUGCCCUGACCACCAAACUUUCCUCUCCUUUCUCAGUGACAACAAUCAAAAGUACCACAGGCAGCCUCUCAAAAUCUACUCCACUGCCAAUGACCACUUCUGCAGGGCAAUCAACAGAUGUUACGAGUACUUCACAAACACCUUCGAGUGUAACUGCGAUUUUUGAUGUCACAACAGCAGAGUCAGAUUCUAGUUCUGUCAUGAAUGGGAGCACAUCUUUAACAACUGAAUCAGCACAUACCAGUACAGAAUGGGUGGGGAGUUACACUACUGUAUGGCAGUCUCCCACUUCGGUCCAGUCAACCCAUGGUAGAACAAAUUCAACAAAUACCACCACUUCAAAUUUAACUGGAUCAAUGCAUGUCAGUACGUCACAACCAAGGACAGAUCACACCAGAGUACCACCGCCUACCACUUCAGCCCAGAUAACAGUGUCGUAUUCAACCUCAACCAGCCAAGCUACUCCAUCCCUCACCUCAUCAAGUAUAACCAGUGUAUCACAGUCAACGUCAGCUUCGACGCAGUCAACCGGUGAUGUUAGUACAUCGCUAACUACCAUAACCACAGCCCAAUCAACAGGUACAAGUGAACAGCAGUCACCCACCACUGUAAACCAGUCAACCAAAGCCACACAAGCACCAAAUGCAACUUCCACAGUUAACCAGACAGAAGGCAGCACAAGUGCAUCAGAAACCACGGCUACCACAAGUGGAGUGACAUCAACAACAGCUACUGUGGCCACAUCUGCGUCUCCGUCCACCGUGACUGCACAAGUUUUACACCAGCCCAGUCUGGUGAUCCCAAGCACCACAGCAAAGUCCACCACUCUCUCAACGCAGCAGACCCACAGGAAGAUUCAGCAAACAGCAGGAGGUCUGAGCACAGGAAGUAUAGUGGCAAUCUCAUUCAUGAUUAUCGUGGUGAUGUUGGUGCUGAUCGGAGGAGUCAUGUACUUCAAGUUAAGGAGUUCUCCGUACGGACGGUUGCUGGAUGACCAAGAAAGUGGCUCCUGGGAGAACUACAAUAACCCGUUGUAUGAUGAUUCUUAAUAAACUGGGCAAAAUGCAUAGACUAUUCAGUCAGGGCGAGAGAACUUGGGCCAUUAACUCAUGACUGAAAUGUGAUUUCCACCAACACCAUGGCCAAGUAUCAUCAGAGUGAUGUUAAUUCUUCCCAUUUUGUUCACUCUGGUUUAAAUUUGCUUCUCUUCCCCAUGACACUUGCCCAUCCCAACCUACCGCCUCACCCCCAUCUCGUCCCUCACCCCCAUCUCGUCCCUCACCCCAUCCCAAACCUCACUCCCACCCCCCAUCCCGACCCAUCCCAACCCACCCCCCAUCCCGACCCUCACUCCCAUCCUAACCCUCACUCCCACCCCCAUCCCAACCCUCACUCCCACCCCCAUCCCAACCCUCACUCCCAUCACUUGGUUUGGCAGGUUAUUCCAUCAAAACCCAAAGGCUGUUGAGGAGACAGCCAAUGUUUGGACAAACCGCUAAGUACUGAGAGGAUAUUCUGAGCUCAGGGUGAGGUUACUUCUGGGGCAACUUCCAUUGUCCCAACCCUACUUCCGUUUUAACUUCACUAAAACUGGCAUAUAUUUUAUUGUUAUAUACAGAAAUAUCAUCUCUGUCAUAGGUGCUUGAACCUUAAUGCUUACUAAAGUUUGACUUAAUUUUCAGCCCUAAGUAAGAUUGGGAAUCAGGUAAGAAAGUCCAACCUGCUUGAGCCCUGCUCUGAAACACAACUAUUUCAAGGUUUGCUUAAUGCAAGGUAUGGAGUAAUAAACAUAUCUGAGUAUCUUUCAAGGUGUCGUCUUGCAAGAACUUUGUAAUGUGCAGCACUCUGUUAGAGAUGAGCAGCUACCACAGAGAGAGAGAGAGAGCUGGAAGUGAGUGCAAACCCCCAAAUCCUACUGAUCCCCUGAGCCACCCACACCACUGGCCAGGGAAGCCUCAUGAAAUAACCCCUUUAGUUUGAAGCUUCGUUCAGUUUUCCCUCCAUGUCUGAGAUUAGUUGAGUUUUAAACUAAUUUGACAAACAAUAUGGCCAGUCAGAGUUAUCAUCAAAUAUUGUUUGAAUAUCACAACUGGGAAAUGCCUUGGGGAUGUUAUCCAGGUUAAAGGCACCAUAGAAAUGUAGUUUGUGACCUGGAGAUCACCAGUUCCACCCUCACAGAGUCUGAGAGUUAUACAGCACGUACACAGGCUCUACGGCCCAACUUAUCCAUGCUGACCAAGGUGCCUUCCUGAGCUAGGCCCAUUUGCCUGCAUUUGGCCCAUAUCCCUCUAAACCCUUCCUGUCCAUGGACCUGUCCAAAUGUCUUCUAAACAUUGUAAUUGUACCCGCCUCUACCACUCCCUCUGGCAGCUCGUUCCACACACCCACCACCCUCUUGUGUGAAAAACUUGCCCUUCAGGUCUCCUCUAAAUCUUCCCCUCUCAGCUUAAACCUGUGCCCCCUGGUUUUAGACUCCCCUACCCUUGGAAAAGGACUGUGAGGGGCUUAGAUAGGGUAGAUAGUCAAUGUUAUAAACCUCCAGAAGGGUCAACCCUCAGCCUCCUUUGCUCCAGGGAAAACGGUCCUGGCCUGUCCAGUCUCUCCUUAUAACUCAAACCCUCCCUCAUUAACCAGGUCAACUGGUUAGUGUAACUGAAGUGAACUGGGGUAACUGUAUUCCCGUAGGAUGCAGGGUUACUUUUAACAUGGUACAAAUGGGAGCGAGUUGUAUAUUCCAGUUCUAAUUCCAAAGUAAAGCUCGUGAGGAAUUAGGGUGGCUGGUUAGGAAAUAAAUCUAUGAUUGAUUGCAAUGGCUCAAAUGACUUGUGCUUUGCCAAAGAUGCCAUGUAGUCAGCUGAAAGGCUGCCAAGAAAUCGAAGGCUGUGGUCAAGUUCUAAGCAACUGAAUCAAAAAGGAAAGAAGUGGAUUUUACAGUAGAUGAAGCAAAGGUUGGAAUGGCAGAGAUGGUGUUUCUGCACAUAACAAUAAAUUAUACACCAGCUCUAGUGGAGUUAAGUAAGGAGAGUUGGAACAACAGAGAUUGCCCCAGAGGUAACCUCACCCCCAGCCCAGAAUAUCCUGUCAGUGCUUAGCUGGCAGGAAAAGGGAAAGAUAAAAAUUGGUUGAAUUAUUUAUGUUUCACAGAGGUUUAUAGGAAAGCUGACGUUGUACUGAACCAUUGAUCAAAUAUUGGAUUUCAUGGACAGAGUUUAUGAUUAUUUGUCCAAAGAAGAUUUGCUGAUCCUAGUGGAUCAGCGCUGAGGUCAGUUUUGAAGAAGAAGGACAUCACUCAUAGAGUCACACAGCACAGAAACAGGCCUUCGGCCCACUGUGCUCAUACUGACCAUCAUGUUCCCUUCUAUAUUGAUCCUGUUUACCAGCACAUGGUCUGCAGCCUCCUAUACCCGAGCUGUUCAAGUGCUUGUCCAGAGACUUCUUAAAUGUUGAAGUCAACUUCCAGAAGUGAACUGAACUGUUCAAAGCCAGGAGAUUGAGGUAGGGAGGGUCCCAAGUUCAGAGAAUGUGGAUUUAAGCAAAUUCUUUAUUGGAGUCUUUCAGUAAAGAUCUCUGAUCAAACCUGGAGAUAAUGCACUGGUUGAUGCUCCAUUGCAGCUGGGCUGAUGCUGCAGCACAUCAGACUGCAGCACUGCCAGAGGUGCUGUCUGUCAGGUGCAGCGUUAACUUGAUCUGCCAUCUGCCCCUGAAGUGAGUGUAAGAAGUCCCAAAUAUGCCAAGAGUGGGCCAGUAUCCUUGGUGUGUCCAAUAAUUAUCCCUCAACCAAUAAACAGUUCAUCUGGUCCUUGUCACUCAGCUGUUUGUGGGAGCUUGCUGUGUACAAAAUGGCUGCUAUAUUGCUUACAUUGCAAAAGUGACUAUAUAAUUGAGGACUAAAAUACUGGGUGUCCUGAGGUUGCAAAAGGCGCUAUUGAAAUGCAGCUCUCCUUUCUAUUGUACUAAAUAACCACAUACCAAGAAGGAAAGUGAUGUAUCGCUUAACAAAACAGAAAUGGUGUGUGAACUACCAGUAUUUAUUCCAUCGUUAUUGCAUAGACGGCAGGUGCUGGAGUCUGGAGCAAAAUGAAACAAGGGACUCAGUGGGCCAGGCAGCGUCUGUGGAGGGAGACAGACAGCUGACGUUUGACUUAUUGUAGAGUGUCUAAAUGCUUCAAGCCAUGCAAAAGUUAGAAAUGGUGAGUGUGUGUUGUUAGAGGAGUGUUCUUUGCACUGUGUACUAAUGUAAAGCCAAAAUUUAAUUAUUUUUUUGAGAUUGUGUUGGACUAUAUUUCACUUUUAAACAUAUCUGUCCCUGGAAGAGGAGGCCUAAUGAAUAUUAAGUCAGAUAACUGUUUGAUAUCUCCCUCUCUUCUGCAAACUAUCAAGUAACCCUUCAAGAGGGGGAGAAGCAGGUGACAUCAAAGAGUAAACAAUGAGGCAUGCCUUGGUUUCCAUGGCUAAUCUUGAAGCAGCUUAUUAAUUUAUGGCAAAUAAUAAACAGUUAAUUAUU